CUCAGUAGCCGUCAGUAAGUGCAGUCAGAGCUGGAAGAACAGGCAGCAUGAGCUUCAGCGUGGAGGAGAGAGGCAGAGACAACACGGCCGACUACAGGCUUUACUUCAAAAACACAGAGGGAAAAUACAUAUCUCCGUUUCAUGACAUUCCCAUCUACGCCGACGAGGCCGAGAACAUCUUCCAUGCUGUCGUCGAGGUUCCUAGAUGGACAAAUGCAAAGAUGGAGAUCGCGACUAAAGAUCCUCUCAUUCCACUGAAGCAGGAUUUGAAGAAAGGGAACCUGCGUUACGUCAGCAAUGUCUUUCCUCACAAGGGCUACAUCUGGAACUAUGGAGCCAUUCCUCAGACGUGGGAGGAUCCAGGCCACCGAGACGGAGACACGGGCUGCUGCGGUGAUAACGAUCCCAUCGACGUCUGUGACAUCGGGAGUAAGGUCUGCUCUCGAGGAGAAGUCAUCCGUGUGAAGGUGUUGGGGACUCUGGCUCUGAUCGACGAAGGAGAAACCGACUGGAAAGUGAUCGUGAUAAACGUGGAGGACCCCGAGGCUGAAGACUUCAACGAUAUCCAGGACGUCCGCAGACUGAAGCCCGGAUUCCUGCAGGCCACACUCGUCUGGUUCCGGAUGUAUAAAGUGCCAGACGGGAAGCCGGAAAACCAGUUUGCCUUCAAUGCUGAAUUUAAGAACAGGGUAAAUAGAGCCGCCGCUUAAAUGAAAGCCGAGAUUUGAGUAAUGACUUCUGCCUGACGGCUAGUAAUGAAGAUGUCUCGAAGGCAAGAGGAUCCAAGCAUGUCAUUUUCAAAAUAGCUUUUUCAAGAGGUGAUCGUGUCAAUGAUUAAAUUACUCGACAUUCUCACAGAUCUGAGAUCAGGGGCCAGUUGCAUAAACAUAGACAC